AUGUUAAGAUUAAAUAAUAGAAUAGUUUCUUUAUUACUACCAACUUCUCAAACACCGGGAGUGGCUACAGCAGUUUUGAAGAGCUCACCAUUUCGAAUUUCUUCUGCAUUAAUAUCCAACUCACUAAAGAAUUCUACAAAACUAUUUUCAUUAAAAGGCAAUAACAUCAUAUUAACAUCUCCAUAUCAACGCCCUUUUUAUAACGUGGAAAAAGUUGCCACGAGACAACGAUCGAUAUUAAAACUCUUUAUGAAUUCUCGUAAUUCCUUUCGUAAUUCAUUUUCCACUUUACAACCACCAAAAGAUCAUAAUUCCUUACAUUCUACAAAGAACUCUCACUUAAGAAACAAUUCAACGGCAUCACUUUCUUCGGCAUCAUCAUCAACAAAUAACUCUUCUACCGAAUCCGAAGAAAUUAGCUUGGAAGGAGGAAGAAGUGUGACAGAAAGAUUUAAAAUAUUAACAAAGAAAUAUGGAAUGUCAGCCAUAACAGUUUAUUUAAUAAUCUCAGCAAUAGAUUUAGGGUUAACAUUUAUUUUAAUACAAAUCGGUGGAGCUGAUCGUGUCAAAAAAAUCGAGGAUUGGUUUGCAGAAACUUUUGGUGAUUGGAUUGUCUUGCGAAAAAAUUCCUCUGAAAAAGAGGAAGAUGGUCAACAAGGCAUCGUUGUUACCACUGAUACUGAUGAUGAAUCUGUUAUCAUUAAUGUUGAUAAAAGAUUAAAAAACACACCAUCAUGGGCUAGUACUUUUGUUAUCGCUUAUGGCAUACAUAAACUUUUGGUUCCACUUAGAUUGGGUUUAACUGCUGCUAUUACCCCUGCUCUGGUUAGAAAGUUAAAAAGAAUGGGUUGGAAUAUUGGAGGUAAACAUUUGUAA